AUGAGCGACGAGAGGAGGAGGAAGAAGCUGCUUGCUAGUCUCCUGUGCUGCCUGCUGGUGGAUGCAAGUGAAGGUGCCCACGGCUGUCCAGCUGGUACAUAUGCAGAUACGAAGGGAUCCACGUUGUGCAAAUCCUGUUCACCUGGCACUUAUGCAGACAUCAAGGGAUCCACGUACUGCAAAGAUUGUCCAACUGGCACUUACACUGAUAAACAGGGAUCCUCAACUUGCAAGAACUGUUCGGCACAAACGUUCCAGACCUCUACAUCAGCAACGUUUUGUCGGAGCUGCCCAGAAGGAAAGUACUCGGGUGUUGCGGCAACAACUUGCACGACGUGCAGGGAAGGAUACAUGAUCAAUGCCAGUGGAUCUUGCCUAGCCUGCCUUCCUGGCACAUUCCUCAACUCGAGUCAAGGGGUCUGUCAGAAUUGCCCUAGCGGGACGUACUCCAGGACGGAGGCUGCGACUUCUUGCUUCUCCUGUCCCUCGGGCUACUUCGCUCCUCCCAAUGGAACCUCCUCGGUGUCGUGCAGGCGCUGCUUCCCCGGCAUGCUGUAUGCUGAGCCUGAAUCGGAUUCGUGCCUGUGGGUGCCGCUAGGUUCCUUGACCGUCGUCAUUGUGGGGGCGACGUCAGCGC